GGUAGAGGAGGCCGAGCGCGGCGCGUUGUGGGGGACGUUACUGGAGCCGGAGUUCGCGAAAUAGUGCUGGCAUCGCCGGACUACAACGCAGUGCAUCUAGGGAGCACGACUCUAGGGAUCCGCCCACCCAUGCCCGGCAGCAAGCUGCCUGUGGGUAUGUGCCCAGACAUGUGCCCGGCCGCCGAACGUGCCCAGCGCGAAAGGGAGCGCCGCCUUCAUCGCUUCGAGGUGGAUAGGGGGUGGACAGGGGACCCGCCCCGCGCCGACCCGCAGCGCACGGUAAAGGAGUACAAUCGACCCGCUGCCGGCAAGCUCCGCCCCCCGCCGAGCCAGCUGCGUCCGCCCUCGGUGCUGCUGGCCACCGUUCGCUACCUGGCCAGCGAGGUGGCCGAGAGCCCCAACGCGCCCCUCGCGGAAGUGGCCAGCUUCGUGGCUGACCGCUUGCGCGCGGUGCGGCUAGAUCUGGUUCUACAGAGCGCGGGCGACGCCGAGACGGCGGUGGUACUAGAGGCUGCACUGGCCACGCUGUUGGCCGUAGUGGCUCGACUCCAGCCGGUUGAGACGCGCGGGCCGGUGGACCCCGUGCUGCUGCAGACCCAGGUACAGGAGAGCUUCGGCUCUCUGCGGCGCUGCUACGCGCAGAGCGCAGGGCCGCACCCACGCCAGGCUGCCUUCCAAGGACUCUUUCUGCUCUAUAACUUGGGCUCUGUGGAGGCGCUAUAUGAAGUUCUGCAGCUGCCUGCUGCCCUUCGUGCCUGUCCGCCCCUGCGCACUGCCCUGGCCAUCGACGCCGCCUUCCGGGAGGGCAAUGCAGCCCGUCUUUUCCGCCUACUUCGGACCCUGUCCUACCUGCAGAGCUGUGCAGUGCAGGGCCACGUGGGCCAUGCCCGUCGUGCUGCCCUGGCCCGCCUCGCUCGUGCCCUUAGUACCCCCAAGGGACAGACUUUGCCUUUGGACUUCAUGGUUCAUCUGCUGGCCUUGGAUGGACCUCACGAAGCACGGGACCUGUGUCAGGCCCAUGGGCUACCCCUGGAUGGAGAGGAGAGAGUUGUGUUCCUGAGGGGUUGCUAUACUGAGAAAGGACUGCCACCUGUUGGUACCUGCAAYGUGUUAGUGGGGAGUAAGCUCCGAGGGCGCACCCUGGAGGAGGUGGUCAUGGCAGAGGAGGAGGAUGAAGGUGUGUUCAGACCUUCCUAGGUCUGACAUUAGGGGGACCUGGCAUUAGGGGGAUAUAUGCCAGCUUCCAGAGCUUCAGGACUGGGUCAGAUAACUUAGGUUUCUUUUUUCAUGGUUCUUAGAUC